AUGGAUACUGUUGCUAAUGGAGAAUAUUUCGGAUUCGAUCAUGUUACCUUCUGGGUAGGUAAUGCUUUGCAAGCUGCUGGAUGGUAUAUCGCUCGUUUCGGUUUCGAGAAUGUUGCAUACAGAGGUCUUGAGACUGGUGACCGUAAGUACGUCACUCACGUCAUCAAGCAAGACAAGAUUUUCAUGUCUUUUGUCUCACCAUUGACCUGCGAUGAUGAGGUAUUCGCUGAUCAUAUGAAGCGUCAUGGUGAUGGUGUCCGUGAUGUCGCCUUCACUGUCUCUGACGUCAAUGCCAUCUACGAACAGGCUGUCGCCUCUGGUGCCAAAUCAAUCAGAGCUCCAGAGACCAUCUCUGACGAGCACGGAUCCGUCGUGAUCGCUACCAUCGCCAGUCCAUACGGUGAAACCUCACACACCUUUGUCGACAGAUCAAAGUACACCGGUGCUUUCUUGCCAGGUUACACUGACAAGGUCAUCGACGAUCCACUCUCAAAGAUCGCCGCCACCCCAGGAUUAUUACACAUCGAUCACAUCGUUAGCAAUCAACCAGAUCUUCAAAUGACUCCAGUCGUCGAGUGGUACGAGAACGUCUUGAAGUUCCACAGAUUCUGGUCGGUCGACGACAAGACCAUUCACACUGAAUACUCAUCGUUGCGUUCGAUCGUAGUCACCGACAAGGACGAAGCCAUCAAGAUGCCAAUCAACGAACCAGCCAACGGUAAGAAGAAGUCACAGAUUCAAGAGUACGUCGAUUUCUACGCAGGUGCCGGUGUUCAACACAUUGCUUUGCGUACCAACGAUAUCAUCAGCUCUGUCGCUGCCAUGAAGGCACGUGGUGUUCAAUUCCUCUCAGUACCAAAGAGCUAUUACACCAGCUUGCGUGAGAAGCUCGCUCAUGCUCCAAUCACCGUCAAGGAGGAUCUCGACAGACUCGAACAACUUCAUAUUCUCAUCGAUUACGAUGACAAGGGUUAUCUCUUACAGAUUUUCACCAAGAACGUCGAAGACAAACCAACCGUCUUCUUUGAAGUCAUCCAAAGAAACAAUCAUCAAGGUUUUGGUGCUGGUAAUUUCAAGUCUCUCUUUGAAGCCAUCGAACGUGAGCAAGAAAAGAGAGCUACUACUAUUUUAAAUAUUCUUAUUUUUUAUAAUCUAUUCGGUUUAACAUCUGCUUUGAUUCAACUAGAAUCAACCUGUUAUAUGGUAAGAGUAGACAGUGGUACACCACCGCAACCAAAUCCUGAUUCCUCUUUUAAUUUUUCAUCAUCCACACCUGACACAAAACAAUCAUCAACAUCUCCAACACCUACACCUCAUGCCAAUGCCAAUUCCAAUUGGGGAGCAACAGGCCUGAAUGGAUUAAUACCCCAAAACAUAAAGGACCCAUUGACUAAUCCACAAAAUAACUUAGGGCAAAGCAAUCCUCUAACCAAUGCCCUGGAAAAAGCAACUGCUAUCGUUCCAUCUACUACCACUUCGUCUGGAGGCAGUCUGACAAGGGCACUCGACCAGAUUGAUAAAAAUCUAAAAGAGGAGGUGCCAUCCAAACUACCAUCGCCCUCUGCUAUUUUACAAAACCCACCGGCAGCUAUUACUGCUAGUGGCAUCACCAAUGUCAUUCCACAGAGUGCAACCAAAAAUCUACCAAAACUAGCUCAGAUUCCAUUGAAUCUAAAUUGUAGUGGUGCAAUCUGUCCAAAUGGAAAAUGUGUAACAACAGCAACCCAAUGUAUAAAACAAUUGACUGGAAUAAUUCCGCGUUGUUCACCUGAAUUUCCGGUGCGUUGUCUCGAUGGAAGUUGUAAAACUACGCUUGCACUAUGUCCCAAGCUGACGGAUGAGCUACAUCUGUGCAAUGACGAAGUGUGUCCCGAUGGUAAAUGUGGUCCUUGUUUUGACUACGACGGAUGCAGUCUGGAUCAACCGUUCCAAUGUCCAAACGGCGUCUGUGUCGAGUCGGUAUCAGAGUGUUACCAAUGUAAAGACGGACAUCUUCGUUGUUUCGAUGGUUCGUGUGUUUCACCUUGUCCAUACCCACCGUUCUACUUUAAACCGAUCAGUAUUGUGACACUUUUAACAGAGCGUGACGUACAAACACUGAUACCGGUGAGUACCUACAGUUCACCACUCAACUACACAACGGAAAUCAAGAAACUCCUAGACAUUUACAUUGAACCAACAUCAUUCCCUGAGAAUACAACAUUCUCAGUGUCACCGGUUUCCGACUCCUACGUCAACACCAUCAAUGGAGAAUACAAUUGGCCUGUCAACACAUCCUAUCAACUAUUCCUCUUGUCGCCAGUCAUAAACAUAACAGCAACCUACAAAGGUAUUCCACAGACCAACUUUGAACCAAAAGUUAAAUUGGUAUUUGAAUUGAUGACACCACCAGAUUUUAAUAUCUCAGAUAUAUGUCUUGGAUAUAUAGAUGUGAUUACUAAUCGUUGGACAUGUAUACCAGACUCUGUUGAAUCGAUAAACGGAAGUACUGUGACAACUUACACCGAUCAUUUUACAUCGUUUGCUCUACUGACCAGAGUACAGUAUGAUGAGAGUGAGGGAGGAGCUCCAGUUUUCGGUGAGUCUGGACCAAUCAUUAGCCACCACACACUCAUGUUCUCGCUGAUCUUUGGUGCUAUUGGCUUGGCAGUGAUCACAAUCGUCGUAGGUGUUUUACUUCACUACCGUAGUAAACACGGUGGUGUUAGGAAAUGGAUGGUCUUUAGUCGUACCAAAUCAUCUUCCAACAACGUCACCAACAACAAUAAAAAAUACUGA